CGGAGAAACUCUGAUUCAGUUCUGUAUCCCGGCGUCAAGGAGGAACUGUCAAUGUUAAAGAUCAAACGCGUCCAAGCAGCAUUUAAUCAGAGAAUGGAAGUUAUGGAGAAAGAAAUUGAAGAGGUUUCUUUGAAGGUUUUUGGAGAUCGUAGUGCUAAGAGGCAGCAAACCAUAUUCAGAAAAAUACCCAACGAGCUUGAAGAGACCAAAGCGCAAGAACUUAAAGAAACCGAGAAAGGAUUCGAAGAGCAUCGAUUGUGGCAACCACCUAAGGUCGAGCCAAUGGAUAUGGAGAAGUUUUUCCAUGUACAAAAGUAUCUGGAAGAUGUCCAUGAAACUUGUAGUGUGACGACUGAGGCGAGUGACAGUGCUCUGAGUACACAAGCAACGGUAUCCGAAAUUGAAACAGAAGAAGUUAGCGCAGAUAGACUUUGCUUGAAAGAUCUCAGUCAGUUGGUCACAGGUGAAUUGAAUCAAAGGCUUACGGCUGAUGCUACUGCGAUGGAAAAAGUCUCCCGUUUUUUUGGUUUAAAAGUUGAUCCAUUCUCUUUCUCCUUCCUUCAUAUUAAACAUUUCUUUCCUGACACUACUGUGAGCGUGUUGAAAGAAUGCUUUGAGGCCUUACGAUUGUACGAUCUCGCUGAGAUCCUAGCAAAAGUGAAACCACGUGCACUUUGUCCUACGCUGUCUCCGGAGCAAGUGGAAAAAUUGCAACUCGGUGAUCGUCGCACGAAAAACUACCGCAACAUGGCAGUUGUGGUAGUUGAUGUUAGCUGUGAACAUAGUAAAGCAAAAAUGAUUAAAACAUUUUUUAAAGAUCUAAACCCAAAAAACGAAGUAGGUGUAGUACCAGUUACUAAUCUGGUAGAAAAGUAUCUAGUGCUGGAGGACAUCAGGCAGAAGAAGCGGUUGGAGAUGGAUGCGAUCGCCUGCGGGAAGAGACUCAAACAUCAGUUAGAAAUGCAUCUUUCUAUGAUGAGAAAGAUGAUUAAGGGGGAAGACCAGGAAAGCAUGCUGAGAGUAAUUGACCGUCGGUGGACGUAUUCAAAUCGUUUGAGAACCGAAGAACCUUUCCUAAGAGAACAACUUGAGAGCAAAAUGAAAGAAAUUACAAAACUUAGAGAAGAAAUUAAAAUUAGAACUAAGCUGACUGAAGAUAUUGGAAGGGAGAAAAGCGAUGCAGAGUCGGCCUUGUUAAAUGUCAUGGACAAAUGGAUCCAAGAUCAAGAUGGAUCCACCUUCAUUGCGGUAUUUUUAAUCUGUACUGACAAUUGGGCCCAUAAUUUUUUUAACGAACGCCUUCCUGAAUCUAUUGCGGAGAAGUUGGCUUCAAUUCCAGAUCAUGGGAAACUUGUGGUGAGCCCUCCUGGAUGGAAAAGUAUUAGUAAAAUUCCCGAAACCCUUCAUAUAAUAUUGAGGAAAGCUGGUAAUGAUCACGUCGGGAGGAGAGCAGACAACGAUUCGCAUUUUUUUACUUCAUUCAUUGAAAUUUUCAAGAAGCGUUGGCCUUCGUUGGACCUUAUUUCAAUGAUGAGAGAAUUUAAAAGGACCUGGCCACAUAAUUUAGAAGUGAAGGACAAUUUGUCUACUCUGCCACGGUUUUAGGAGGUAAACAAAGAGAUUGUUGUGUAAAUCAUGGUUUAUAAUCUUAUAAUAUCGCUAAGGACAUAGGUAUUUCUAAUACCGUUUUGUUCCAGUCGUAAAUAUGGAAGUUCAAAUUGUAAGAGGGCGGGCGACAUUACAUAAUGGCUUCCCGUUUUGUUGUGUAUGGGGAAUAAAACAAAUACUGCUUACAAGGUUAGUCCUUGAAACAUUUUUCAACGAAACAACCAAAUACGUGUAAACAGUCAGAACAAUGAGUUUGUGUUUCCGCCCAAAACCAGCCCGAGAAUAACAGGUACUUGUGCUUAAAACCACUAUAAGCGAUGUUUUAACAGGGUGUGAAAACUUGUGUACUCAUUCAAAAGUGUGCAGCUCAAAUGAAAAAAUUAAAUGAAAUUACGAAAAGUAGUUUUAAAUGCGGUAAAAGCCGCUUGAAUUACUAGGAAGGUCCAGCAAACGGGA